CCGACCGACGACGGCAGUGAAAGUGUCUUGGGGACGGCAAGUAUAUUAUUUAUUGUUGUUAUGACGGUAAUCGAGCGUGUCUUGUGCAUUUCGAUCUUAUUUCCCAUUGUGAUAAUCCGGGGUGCGUCGGACAGGCCGCAUAUAGUUAUUAUUCUUGGAGACGACAUCGGAUGGAACGAUUUUGGACUUCACGGAUCAAAUCAAUUCCCUACGCCAAACAUCGACGCCCUAGGAUACAACGGUGUCAUUUUAGACAAGUAUUAUACUCAACAAACAUGCUCGCCGUCCAGAGCAGCCCUACUAACAGGGAACUACCCCAUAAGAUCAGGGUUGCAAGGAACACCACUACAAGCUGGAGAGAAUAGAUAUAUACCACUCGACAUGGCUAUCCUUCCAGAAAGAUUAAAGCAAUUAGGAUACCGCACCCACAUGGUAGGAAAAUGGCACCUGGGUUUUGCCUACGAAAGGGUAACGCCAACCGGCAGAGGUUUCGACACACAUUUUGGAUAUUGGAACGGCUACGUCGGUUACUUUGAUUACACAAUUACUUCCCCUGUGCUACCGGAUAACGUUACAAGAUUCACGGGAUUCGAUUUGCAUCACAAUCUGUUACCGCAGUAUCAGUUCGCGGGACGAUACGCCACUGAGUUGUUUGCAAAUCAGUCUCUAGAAAUAAUCGACAGACAUAACACGGACGAACCCUUAUUUUUGCUGGUCACACAUCUUGCUGCACACACUGGAAGGAAUGGGACGGAGCUGGGUGUUCCGAAUAUUACGAGGACUAACCAAAUUUACAACUACAUCAGAGUUCCACAGAGAAGGAGAUACGCAGACGUAGUUAACAUUAUGGAUAACACAGUGGGCCAGAUCGUGAAUAAACUUGCGCAAAAAGAUAUGUUGCGAAAUUCCAUAAUACUAUUUUUCUCUGACAACGGGGCGCAAUCAGUCGGAUUAUUUCAAAAUUAUGGAUCUUCUUGGCCGUUCAGAGGAUUAAAAUUCACAUUAUUUGAAGGAGGUGUACGAGGGUCAGCUGUACUGUAUAGUCCACUGCUGGAAAAGAGGGGCUAUAUCAACAAACAGCUGAUACACGUCAGUGACUGGCUUCCCACUUUAUAUCACGCUGCAGGUGGUGACGUGAGAGAUCUUGGCAACAUUGACGGAAUAAACCAAUGGGACGUUAUAUCGAAGAAUUUAACUACCACAAGGACCGAAAUAUUACUUAAUAUCGAUGAAUUUGAAAAUCAGUCCGGAAUUUUAGGAUAUGAAGGACGAUAUAAACUAGUAAAUGGGACCUACCGAAACGGCUUAUAUGACCAGUAUUACGGCGAAACAGGGAGAGGCCCCGAAAAUCCACCUUACAAUAUACAACUGAUUAUAAACAGCCUAGCCAAUCAAGCCAUUCAAACCAUAGGGGAUCAAUCGCCGCUUUUCCCUCAAGACAUUUUCAACAUGAGACGUCUACUAGACAUGAGUUGGUGUAGAGACAGAAAUUUCACUCCGAAUUUUGUGUGCAGAGGGUUCUGUUUGUUCGACAUCUACAGCGAUCCUUGCGAAACGACCAAUAUCGUAAAUAAUCCUAUAUAUAGCGAUGUAUUUCAAAAUUUGCAAGCUAGAUUAAGCGAAUUCUAUAGACAACUGGUGCCUCAAACGAAUCAACCAAUAGAUCCGAGGUCCAAUCCCAGGAGGGCCAAUAAUACUUGGUGGAAUUGGCUAGGCAGAGAACCACCAAUUGGGCCGAUUCACGGAUUUUUUGCAACGAUAAAAAAUAGGAUAUGUCAAAGGUUGAUGAGAUUUUUUAUUAUAAGAUGGUUACAUAUCUGUUAAUAAAUAUUAC